AUGUAUUAUUCUCGCCGUUACGGUGUGUUGCUGCCCUCUUCACUUCCGCGGUGGCUCCCACAUACAACUUUUUGUUUUGCCACCCCCUUUUUCCUCUCUCUCUCUCUCUCUUUUGGUGUCAGCACAUUGGGCUGGUGGCUGGGAGGAAACCGUGCCCGAUACGAAAGGAGGGGCAGCCGUUGGUGUCAUUAUUCAUUUAUACGCCAAUACAUGAUCCCGCCCCAACUCCACUUUUGGUGCUGCAGCUCUCUCAUGCGUCGUCUUUACGGAAUUCAUGCGGCUUCCCUUCCAGCUUAUUGUGUUUUCACCGGGCAAAUGUGUGAGAAGAGACACAAGAAGACGGAUUGUACCAUGGGACGUGGGAAAAAUGCUGCUGGCGUUGACGAUAUGGCUGGUGAUUCCUGCAAAGAGAAGCCUGUGCCUGGUGACAGGCAGCCGAUGAUGGGCAUCGGUGAAAAUGUGCGUUCAGAUGUGUAUUCUUCAUUAAUUACUUUCACGGAAGUCUCUACAGGGAAAGGUGUGCGAUGGUUGGAUGUUGCCGGGCGGACCCAUUCGUGGGCCCAUGACUCGUUUGUAGAAGAGGGUGAGUUUGUGGCUCAUGCCAUGGUCGCACUUCGUCGUGGAGAACUGCCACCGGAUAUGAUACUCAAAGUCAGUCAUAAUGUGCGCCCGUUACCAUUUGUUUACGUUGAGGAGAGUUGGGCUUGUUUGACGUUGCGUUGUGCGCGACAAAACCCUUUUUGGUUUUCUAUGAUUUUGCCCGAGAAAGUAAAAGAGUUUUCCGCACCCGCAUUGGACGAUAUACGGCGGUCAAAAUAUUCCAAAUUGCAGGAAAGUGGAGAGGAUGAGGAUGACACUCUGGACUUUAGUGACGCGGACGAUGAUCAGGUGCGUCGUUAUCAAGGAAAGACAUUGGGCAAGAAGAAGAAUGUUCGACGUAGAAUGUCGUCUCAAGUCACGAUAACAGAGUCAACAGAUCGUCUUCAUAUUUUUCUGUUGAAAGAAAGCCAGAAAUCAAAUGAAAAGAGCGACAAACCGAAUAGGUUCCAUUUGGGCCCCCAGGAAGCGGAAAAACUCCCUCACAAGGGCGGUGGAGACACUAAAUUGAACCCGUGUGCCGAACAGUGCUGGAUAGUUACGGUCCACCGACACCGUUUGCCGUUUUUGGAGGAAUUGUUGAACCAGUGGGUGAGAAGCAGACGACAUGGGGAUACAUGGAUCGGGCUAUUACGGCGAAUUGUUCGCGGCGCUACGAUGAGUGUGCAGACUCUGGAUCACAAAGAUGCAGAGCGUCUUGAUGAACUUGAAACGGUUUUGUUUGGAUCUGCCACAAAAUUGAAUGAACUUUCAAAAAUUCUCACGCAGUUGCAUAUUAUUAACCGACGAUCGAAGAUACACGCUAACCUCCUUCGUGAGACCCAACGCUGUUACAUGAAGCUUUUGACAGCGUUGAGCCUGCCCGUACAAAUUGAAGACCAAAGGGAGUUAGUUUAUCUCUCCACUGUCUCAUCGCUGGCCGAUGAACUUCAUGAUCAGUCGCGUUCUCUUCUCGCGCUUCAGUUUUCCGUUGCAGUUUACGUGCUUGAGGAUCAUCUUCGUAUUCUGACCCUUUUUACAACCUUCUUUAUUCCCCUUGAAUUGAUCACCUCGUGGUUUGGGACGAACUUUGUUGGACUAAAAGACUUUAUGGAGGAUCCAUGGGGUUUGUUCAUUGCAGGGGCCAUGCUGGUAGUAACUGCAAUUAUCACGAACGUGUGGAUGCGUCGCCCCGCCGUGUCUUUGCCCUGA